AUCGUCCUCGGGAUCGGUGGUAAACCACGUGAGCUGCUGGACGUGGAGCUCGUCAAGGCGGAAGGCUGCGUGACAAUCAAACGAUUCUCGGGUGGGGGUACCGUAGUCUUGGAUCCGGAUUCGAUUUGGACGACCGUCAUCGGCCGCAAUAAACACAUGCCACACGUGGAAGCCUAUCCCCGGCCCAUCAUGGAAUGGACCGCGACCGACGUUUCCCCACACAGUCCGUCUCCCAUAUUUGCUCUACGCGAAAACGAUUACGUUUUGGGUGAACGAAAAAUGGGAGGCAAUGCCCAGGCAAUCGUCAAGGGCGGAUGGCUGCACCACACGAGCUUUUUGUGGGACUAUCAACCGGAAAACAUGGCCUACCUGACGCUGCCCAACAAACGACCAGAUUACCGAGGGGAUCGACCGCAUCAUGAAUUUUUGGUCAAACUGCACGAAUCUUAUCCCCACGUGCAAAAGAUUGAUUUUUUCCGUGCCCUGUCGGAAACUUGCCAGAACAAAUUUGAUAUACAUAAUGCAACAUUGCAAGAG